GGGUGCUAAGUUUCUCUAAGAGAGGGUGGCAUUGCCAUCUCCUAAUCUUCUAUUUAAGGGUAACCACUAGAAAGUCGUUCUUUUCAGGAAAGGAAAUAGUUACUGUAAGGAAACUGGAGGUGAUCGAACCCCUGGAAAAGUUUCCCCCACUUUGAACUUGGCAAUGUUUCACUGCAGGUCAUGUCCACAUGGAAAGCAAGGCUCACCAAAAGACUGAAAUCUCCAUCUAGAAGGAUGCAUCCUUUUCCAUGCUCAGCUCUGCUUGCUUGUUUUGGGAAUACAAGGGAGAAUGCACCCUUUGAUCAGCCCAGCACAGCUGAUACUCAUUCCACCAUCUACGUUCAGCCCAUGGCCAAAGCAGAGAGGCACUCAUGUCACUCGAAAGGGGAAGAAGGAACUCCAGAGAAGAGGGAAGAUUCCGGCAUCUGUUCAGAGAAAAAUGGCAGUGCAAAUCUGAAUUCAAGCAACCACACUUCCAAUCAGCCUGCUGAGACCACUGAGGAUUCACCUGGGUCACUAGAAGGUAAAUUGGACUGUGAAGCAGUUACUUUCCAGACUUCUAUCCCCAGACCAUCAAUUAUUGAAAUGCCAACGGAAGAAAAGGAAUCCCUGGAAGAAUCUAAAUGCCUUGAGUUGGGACAGAAGAUGGCACCAGGUAGAUUUCUGAAGCCAACCAAACUCAAACAGAAGGAAAACCUCCCGGAACCAAAACCUCAGACUUUGUCCGAGCUCCCGCCUGACCUGGCGCACUCCCUUCGGGGCAGCCGCGAUCCCGAGCGCAGAGCCCGCAGCCAGCGCGGCGGGGCGGGGCUUGGGCGGGGCUUCCGCAGUCGCACCCCGCCCCCAGCCCUGCCCCGCUGCUUAAUUCGGAGGCGCGGGGCCGCGGGGUGUGAAAGAGCCGCCCUGUGCUGGACCCGCCGCCGCAGCCGUCAGAGCCGCCGCCCGCGCCGCCUCGGGGCCGCCCUGAGCAGCCGGGCCGCUGGGCGCCGCCGCGGCCGCCCGGAGCGAGCGCCGGGGAGGGAGCCGCGCGCCUUUGUGAGCGCGCCGAGGUAG